AUGCACAAGGCGUCGUCGCUGUCGGAGCUGGGCUUCGACUCCGGCGGCGCGUCGUCGGGCUUCUUCCGGCCCGUGGCCGACGGCUGCCCGGUCACCCCGACCUCCUCCGCCGUCCCGCACCGCCGCCUCACCAAGAUCUCCGUCAUCGGCGCCGGCAACGUGGGCAUGGCCAUCGCGCAGACCAUCCUCACCCAGAACCUGGCCGACGAGAUCGCGCUCGUCGACGCGCUCCCCGACAAGCUCCGCGGCGAGGCGCUCGACCUGCAGCACGCCGCCGCCUUCCUCCCGCGCGUCCGCAUCGUCUCCGGCACCGACGCCGCCGUCACCAAGAACUCCGACCUCGUCAUCGUCACGGCCGGGGCCAGGCAGAUCCCCAGCGAGACCAGGCUCAACCUGCUGCAGCGGAACGUCGCCCUCUACCGCAAGAUCGGCUCCGGUACCAACCUCGACUCCUCCCGCUUCAGGUUCCUCAUCGCCGAGCACCUCGACGUCAACGCGCAGGACGUGCAGGCAUACAUGGUGGGUGAGCACGGCGACAGCUCGGUGGCGAUCUGGUCAAGCAUCAGCGUGGGCGGGAUGCCGGCGUUCAAGUCGCUGCGCGACAGCCACCGGAACUUCGACGAGGCGGCGCUGGAGGGGAUCCGGCGCGCCGUGGUGGGCGGCGCCUACGAGGUGAUCGGCCUCAAGGGGUACACCUCUUGGGCCAUUGGCUACUCUGUUGCCAGCCUCGCUGCUUCCCUCCUCCGCGACCAGCGUCGCGUGCACCCUGUCUCUGUCCUUGCCUCGGGCUUCCAUGGCAUCUCAGACGGCCACGAGGUGUUCCUCAGCCUGCCCGCCCGCCUCGGCCGCGGCGGCAUCCUCGGCGUCGCCGAGAUGGACCUCACCGAGGCCGAGGCCGCGCAGCUCCGGCGCUCGGCCAAGACGCUCUGGGAGAACUGCCAGCUCCUCGACCUCUGA